CAAAGAUGUUUCGUAGAAUCUAUGCUCGCAGCUUCUGACGCCACAGUUACUUCUCAACACAGACAGGCGACAUCAGGACUUUGGUAUCGUUACCAUCACACCAUCACAAGACAAAGUCAUACGGAGUAUCGAAAGCAACAUAUACCCUCCACCAUGGCCGAGUCCUCUACUACCACCACCACCGACGAAGACCCGGUCCUGCCACCACUGUCCGCGGCCGACUUUAGACUCUUCAACCGCCUGGCAGAAGAAAUGGAGUUUUAUCACGGCAUGUUCCGGUCGACGUGGGAUCAACUGUACGCCGGGACGGCACCGGGGUCGCGUCUCAAACCGAGCCAAUUGAUCAAUCUGGGCUUGCGGUUUUGUCAACACCUCGAAGGUCACCACGACAUCGAAGAGGCUCACUGGUUCCCCGUGCUGGGCAAGAAAAUGCCCGGGUUCAAAGCCAGAGGGUUCGCCAAGGAACAGCACAAGGAAAUGCACAAGGGCCUGGAGAGAUUGGGUCCGUACCUGAUGGAAUGCAGAAGCGGAGACCGAGAGUUGCGAAGGGAAGAAGUGAGGGAAAUCAUGGAUUCCUUCGCAAAGGUGCUGUGGUCGCAUUUGGAGGAAGAGGUCAAGGAGCUCGAGGCUGAGAAUAUGAGAAGGUAUUGGACCAAAGACGAGAUGAGGAGAUUUCCGUUCUGACAUGACCGACGAUGGAAUUUUUGGACAUUACUUGGCCAUUUUGAGGCUUGUACAUAGACAUACUCCGUAUAUGAUUGAUGGAUGGAAACGACGAGGCUAUGAAAGACCACCACAACAACAACAUGGAUUAUACAUGUUAAGGAU